AUGGGUGUGCAGCGACCAAGGCAGAGUUUUGAAUUUGCCGGGCUGGAAACAGUGCGCAUCAGGCAUGAUGCAUCUGUGAUGUUCGCACAGAGGCUUAAGGGGGUCGUCAGGCAGGACAGCAGCACAGCAUUCUCAGCUGAGCAGUGCAAGCAGGGGGGCGGUGGGGGCAUCCUGCUGGAGCGGCUAAUGCCAGAGAUAGCUUACAAGCUGGGCCGAGCACACAAGUAUGGUGCAUGA